GCUUUGAGACCUUGAUCCGACAGCAGCGGAGCAUGUACUACGUGCCUUGGCUUGCAGCGCUGGUGAGAGGAGAAUGAAUGCAUGUCGUUACAUGUCGAUACGCCGUGUGCUUUGAGCUUGGAGAGUUAUUCGUCAAACAGACACAUUGAGCACAUUUUGUCCUGUAGGACGACCAUCACCACACCAGAAUCAAAUAAUUAGCAUACUCUGCUCUACUCUUGUUUGCUGGGAUUCAAUUGGAUUCAAUGCCCUCAAAGUGACCAAUGGUGGUGAUGCCUCGGACCCACUGCUCGCUGCCCAACACCGUGGACCCCGCGGACGCGACGAGGGCGGUGACAAGGACCGAGCACCUCGGCUUCAAGAAGCGAGAAUUGCCAGAUCUUUUCCCGAACACGGGUGGAUUGCAGUGAGGUGGUCUCCAACCUCUUGAUGCCGCUCACCUCACAAAAACGCUUGUCUUAUGCAGAGUUGGCAGGGUCCCACCAAGUGCUUUGGUUUGUCUCUCACUUCUGGGGCACCUCUUUCCGGCACUUCGUGCACUCGGUCCGGAAGCAUGCGGAAUCUGUGCGGCGCGGCGAGCUGCGCGCGAUGAGGAGAGUGCCCUGGACAGAGCCCACGUACUGGAUUUGCAGCUUCAGCAACAACCAAUGGGAAGUGGAGGCUGAAGUGGGCAAGAGCUGGGACGAUUCCUCCUUCUUCAAGACCUUAAACUGUAGCGAUUGUUUGGGGACCGCGAUGAUCUUAGAUGAUGAGGCAAUGCCCCUGACUAGAGCCUGGUGCUUGUUCGAGGUCUUGCAGACCAAGGAGAUCCAAAACAAGCGGCCCGACUUCGAAGGCGACGAUGAACAGCAGCGGCUUUUUCCGAUUGAACGCAGUUUCAGAGAUCGGGGAAAGACCGGGGGGAAGACAGCGGAGGCGGGGGUGGACGUGGCCUUGCACCUGGCGAAGCGCUUGAGCAAUCUGCGUUUGGAGGAUGCGACCGCAUCCGUGCAGAAGGACAAGGACAUGAUCGACCACUUGAUCUCCCAGAUGCCCGGAGGCUUCGAAGCCAUGAAUCGCUUCGUCAAAAGCAACAUCGCCGAGGCGCAACGUUACGGCGAAACGGUCAGCCCGAGGAUGCGACGGCGCUAUGCGCCAUGCGCCAGAUCCGGACUGGGGACCGGUGCCUUUGAAGGACCGGACCGUGGUUUUGGGACGUGCCGGAAAAGGUCUGAUAUGUCUGAUUGUGGAGGAGGGUGGAGAUGGAUGGAUAGGGAAGAAAGAUGA